AUGUCACGCCGCGAACGGGAAGACGUCGCCUCCAGUGACGGCGAGGACGACGCCGCCCACCACAGCGGUGACGACCGCAGCCCGGGCCACGAGUAUGGCUACUACGAGCUACCCCCGCCCUUCCACGGCCGCCGCUGGGCCGAUGACGAGGUCGCCUCCCGCGUCUCGUCCUCCCUCGCCGACGCCAAGACCGUCAGCGAUACCACCGACCUCGCUACCCUACACCGCCUCGCCGUCGAGGUUAACAAGGUCCUUGGCCAGAUCAAAUCCAACUGGGGUCGCCUGGACGGCGUGCUCCGUCCCUCAGGCCCGUUCAAGGCUGCCGCUCCGGAGCUCGAGAACCAGCACGCCCGCCUCCGCGACCUUAUCGCCGAGCGCUCGCGGCCGCACCUAAGGCCGCUGAGGCUGCAGGACCUGCCGCCGGAAAUCCUAGCAAACGUCGUCGCGCAGUGCGAGCGCGGCGCUCAAACGCACGAUGACCCGGACCUCGCGACAGGGGUCGGCGCCAGACCGCCGGGGGACGUCGCGACGAUCCGCAGCCUGCGCCUGACGUGCCGCGUGCUCGCCGAACUCGCGGCACCGCACCUCGUGCGCGUCGUGGACGUGGCCAUGACGCCCGCGUCCCUGGCGAAGCUGGACGCCAUCUCGCGCCAUCCGACGAUCAGCGGCGGCGUGCACCACGUCCGCGUCGGCCUGGCGUCGUAUCCGGCGUCGCUAAAGACCGAAUGGGCCCAGUUCGUGCACUUUGUGCUCCGGAGCCUCGUCAUCGAAGCGAAGCGAGGCAACCGCGCUAGCGGGCUUUGCAAGGAGGAUCUGGGGAAGCACAGGGCGAGGAUGGAGGAGUGGAGGCGGCCCGGUGCGGAGCCGCCCUUCCUAGUGCAGACGUUUGGGGAGUACAAGCGGCGGUGCGACGAGUACGAGGCCGUCCGCGCCGGGUUUGGGGACGCCGUUGCGCGGGCGGUGGCGCGCAUGCGCAAUGCGACGCGAGUCGAGGUGAACGACAAGGUCGCGCAGGACCCGCGGGACGAGUGGCACGGGAGAUACGAACCGAGGCGGGAGAACGACGGCCUCGUCGACGAACAGGUCUUGACGGAGCUCCUCACCCAGCCGAUGCAGUGGGAGUACGCCGCGGCGUACGGGUGGGGUGAGGCGAGCGACCAUCCCGUCGAAGCCCUCCGGGAGCUUUUGGUGAGUCUCGGACGCCAGGAGGCCGGGCUCACCCGCCUCGCCGUGAACCUCACGCCGCCCGCGCGGUACCACGGCCUGGGAUGCACCGAAGCUGAGAGAGAGGACAUCAUCAAAGCCGUCCGCGGGGUGAGUUUCGCCGCCUUCGAGGUGAAGACCCGCGACCCCAUGUUCACCGGCUUCGAUCAGCCUACCUGGCCGCCGCGCAGGCCGGAGGAGCUCGAGCGCCUCGGGACCUUCAUGAGCGCGGCGCUGGCGUCGGAGGAGCUGAUCUCCGUGAUCCUCGAUUUCGGGGGUCUCCGGCGCGAGAACCAGGACCUCUGGGCCUUCAACACGCUGCUGGGAUCUGCACCACAGAACUGGCGCAACCUGAACCGACUGGUCCUACAUGACCCGUGCCUCAGCGCCUCGGAUCUCGAGGUCCUCGUCGGCGAGCGGAUGACGUCGUUCGGCAUAUACUCACCGCAUCUGACCGACGGGUCUUGGGCCGACGUGCUGGAUAUGCUACGCGACAGGGCGGAUCCGGCGAGGAGGGACAAGGGCGAAACGCCCAUGAAGGUCGACGGAUUGACGCAGAUGACGGGCGGGGAGUCGGAGAUGAUGACGGGCUCGCAGUAUGACAACGCCUUCGUGCGGCCCGAAGUCGUGGUGCCGCAUGCCGGAGGCUUGACUCCGUACGGGGAGCAGCUCAGUGCUGGCCAGCGGCUGAGUCCGGUGAUGCGGUUCGUGUCACAUUUCCAGGAUGUCAAUCCGGUACGUGCGGUGCUUUGA